GUAUCCAAAUUCUAUACAUAGAUUAAGGAGAGUUUUUGAGAGAGGAAGAGAGAGGGAAAAUAUGGGGAGUGGUGGAGGAGCUUUAGGCCUUUCAUCUCCUCUCUUUGCAAAUGGGCAUCUUUCUUCUUCCUCCAAUUCUACUUCUCUACCUCUACCUGUGGAAGAUGGUAACCACUUGGCAAUGGUGAAGCCCAGCAGCAGUAUUGUUAAUCUUCCCCACUACAAGUGGCGUUUGCUUAUAGCUUAUGACGGCACCCGCUAUGCUGGUUGGCAAUUUCAAGUUUCACCACCAACUAUACAGUGCAUUGUAGAAAAGGCUUUAAUUCAAAUAACAAAGCUCGAGCGGGAGUGUCUCCACUUUGUUGGUGCUAGUAGGACAGAUACGGGAGUUCACGCCUGGGGUCAGGUGGCACACUUCAUUACACCUUUCAAUUAUGACAGCUUGGAGACCAUUCACGCUGCUCUAAACGGGCUUCUUCCUUCUGACAUCAGGGUUAGAGAGAUCAGUGCCGCAACACCUGAAUUUCAUGCUCGGUUUUCAGCAAAAAGCAAGGUUUACCACUACAAGAUUUAUAAUGACACCAUCAUGGAUCCAUUUCAGCGUCAUUAUGUUUAUCAUAGUGUUUAUAAACUCAAUACCGCAGCCAUGAGAGAAGCAGCAAAAAUGUUUAUCGGAAAGCAUGACUUCUCAGCUUUCGUUAAUGCUUCACGUAAUGAUCGAGUUCCAGAUCCUGUGAAGACAAUAUUCCGCUUUGAUGUCAUUGAAAUGGGGCCUCUUAUACAGCUGGAGGUUGAAGGUUCCGGUUUUUUGUAUCGACAAGUUCGAAACAUGGUUGCUUUGUUGAUUCAAAUUGGAAAGGAAGCAAUUCCUACAGAGAUUGUUCCAAAGAUUUUGGCAACUCUAGACCGCAGAGAGCUGGCCAAAUACGCCUUGUCUGCCCCACCACAUGGCCUUUGCCUUGUGUAUGUCAAAUAUAAUCAAGAGCACCUACUGCUUCCUUCAGAUUGCCCGACAACUAGCUUUGGUAGACAUCAUACUAUCACCAAAUGUAAGCUUCCCUUUUAUUAAUUUCAACUCAACAAAACCUUAAAAGUUUGAAAAACAUCUGAAUUAGUCAGAAAAGAAAUAGAUUGAGAUUUUGUUA